AUGGCUGGCGACAACUCUGAGAACAAGGAUGCUUCCAUGUUAGAUGUCAGUGACGCAGUUAGCAACACCGCAGCUAAUGGCAGAAGUAACGCAAAUUCAAGUAAUGAGGCCUCUCUGGCGUACACUUUUUCUCAAAUGAAUGUAGAUAAUCCAAACGAAUUAGAGCCACAACAUCCCCUUAGACAUAAAUCGAGUCUAAUUUUUAACGACGAUGACGAUGACGAAAUACCACCAUAUUCAAACCAUGCAGAAAAUGGUUCUGGCGAGACAUUUGAUUCUGAUGACGAUGUCGAUGCUAGUAGUUCGAGUAGUAUUGACAGCAACGAAGGCGAUGUCCAUGAUGCAGAUAUGACAGCAAAUACUCUGCAAAAAAUGGAUUACCAGACGUCUCAGCAAGGUGAUGCAUCACAGAACCAACCAUCUCAAAAGCAACAAGAACAACAGCAGAACACUGUGGAGGGCAAGAAAGAAAGAACCAUGAUGUUUCCAGUUGAUAUCACUUGGCAACAGGGGGGAAAUAAAGUGUAUGUUACCGGUUCUUUUACUGGAUGGAGAAAGAUGAUCGGGCUGGUACCAGUUCCUGGGCAACCUGGGCUCAUGCAUGUAAAAUUACAGUUGCCUCCAGGUACUCAUCGUUUCAGAUUUAUUGUUGACAAUGAACUAAGGUUCAGUGAUUAUUUACCCACCGCAACUGACCAAAUGGGAAAUUUUGUCAACUAUAUGGAAGUGACUGCACCACCUGAUUGGAGUAGUGAACCUCAGCAGCAAGGUUCUGACAAUAAGGCAAAUUAUGCAGAUGACGAUAAGCUGAAUAAGAGACCCAUGAGUGCUCGUUCAAGGAUUGCUUUGGAAAUAGAAAAGGAACCGGAUGACAUGGGUGAUGGCUACACCCGUUUUCACGACGAAACACCAGCGAAACCCAAUUUAGAAUACACUCAAGACAUACCUGCUGUAUUUACGGACCCAAAUGUUAUGGAACAGUAUUAUUUAACGCUUGAUCAGCAACAAAAUAAUCAUCAAAAUAUGGCGUGGCUCACUCCCCCUCAGCUGCCACCCCACCUAGAAAACGUCAUUUUAAAUAGUUACUCGAAUGCGCAAACUGACAAUACAUCCGGUGCCCUUCCCAUCCCGAAUCAUGUUAUAUUGAAUCACCUGGCGACUAGCAGUAUCAAGCAUAAUACAUUGUGCGUUGCUUCCAUCGUUCGGUACAAGCAAAAGUAUGUAACCCAAAUACUGUACACACCACUGCAAUAG